AUGAAACUUUUGCUUGCUUGUCUCCUACUCGCAGCGACGGCCGUCCAGGACGGCCACGGCAGAUAUGCUCGCCGCCUGCCCGCUUCCGUCGGCAGUGGAGCGCGGGCGGUCAGGCCGAUCCACUACGUGAAGAUGGACAACGAGAAAGACGAGGACACGCGCAUCAUCAGCGGCAGCGACGCCAGCCUGGGCCAGUUCCCGUGGCAGGCCGCCGUGCGGCUGGACGGCCGCAGCUUCUGCGGUGGCUCGCUCAUCACGCACCACUGCGUGCUCACCGCGGCACACUGCGCCGACGGGGUCACGGAUUUCGCCAUAUCCCUCGGAACGCUGUCGUCCGCUCAAGACGCCGAAGGAGCCGUCACAGUGACGUCAAACCACGCCAUCGUCCACCCCGACUAUUGGUCGGACGGCAGCACCACCGACAACGACGUCGCGGUGGUCCAUCUUUCCGAGAUGGUCAUGCCAAACGACGUAAUAAACGUCAUUCGGCUGCCGUCUGCAUCUCAGGUGAACGACACGUUCGCCGGCCUGACGGCGGUGCUCAGCGGCUGGGGAAAGCUGUCUGACGAAAGCGACUCAGUGAGCCCCACGCUGCAGUUCACUGAACUGACCAUCAUCGAGAACUCCGAGUGCGAGGCUGCUUUUCCGGGCGCCAUAAGCAACGACCACAUCUGCACCAAGGGGGCUACCAACGAGAGUCCUUGCAAUGGCGACAGCGGCGGCCCGCUGGUGGUCCAGGAGGCGGACGGCCAGUGGACGGAGGUGGGCGUCGUGUCGUUCGUGUCGGACGACGGCUGCUCGCUGGGCUUCCCGGCGGGCUACGCGCGCGUCACCACCUACCUCGACUGGAUCAACGAGAAUGCCAUCCACGACGGCCUCCGGCAGUGAGUCAGUCUGUGGCUGAGAGGGGGCGCAGCGAGCUCUGGGCGCACUGUUUCUCAUUUCUAGAACGCCGCGACGCUCCCUGUUAACCGUAGCUUAAUUAUGAUGUGGCAAUGUAUACAGAUGAUUUAAACCAGCAACCAAUAAAGACGCAUAUAAGUUGCAUAAA